AACAUUUUUUUUCCUUAAAAAAAAAAUUGGAAAAUACAAGAAGUUUGGAUUUUUUUCCCGAUUCUUUUUUUGGAGGGGGAAAUUGCAUCGUAAGCUUUCGGAGAAACCCAACAUGUCAACUACCUUUCCGGGACUAGUCCACGAUGCCGAGAUACGUCACGACGGAUCAAACAGCUACCGUUUGAUGCAGCUCGGCUGCCUGGAGUCCGUAGCCAAUUCCACUGUCGCCUAUUCCUCCUCCUCUCCUUUAACUUACUCCACCACCGGCACCGAGUUUGCGUCCCCUUACUUCUCCACUAACCACCAGUACACCCCGCUCCACCACCAGUCCUUCCACUACGAGUUUCAGCACAGCCACCCAGCCGUCACCCCCGACGCCUACUCUCUGAACUCGCUUCACCACUCGCAACAGUACUACCAGCAGAUCCACCACGGGGAGCCCACCGACUUUAUUAACCUGCACAAUGCGCGGGCGCUCAAGUCGUCCUGCCUGGACGAGCAGAGGCGGGAGCUGGGCUGCCUCGAUGCCUACCGCCGCCACGACCUGUCCCUCAUGAGCCACGGCUCUCAGUAUGGAAUGCACCCAGAUCAAAGGCUCCUGCCUGGGCCCAGCCUGGGGCUGGCCGCCGCGGGAGCAGACGACCUGCAGGGUUCCAUGGAAGCCCAGUGUGGGCUAGUUCUCAAUGGCCAAGGUGGAGUGAUAAGAAGAGGUGGCACCUGCGUGGUCAACCCCACAGACUUGUUUUGCUCUGUGCCUGGCCGUUUGUCCCUUCUCAGUUCCACUUCCAAAUACAAGGUGACAAUUGCCGAGGUGAAGAGGCGCCUCUCACCACCUGAAUGCCUCAAUGCUUCACUCUUGGGAGGCAUUUUGAGAAGAGCAAAAUCCAAGAAUGGGGGCCGCUGCCUGAGAGAGAAACUGGACAGGCUUGGCCUGAACUUACCAGCAGGAAGACGGAAAGCAGCCAAUGUUACCCUCCUCACUUCCUUAGUUGAAGGGGAAGCUUUACACUUGGCUCGGGAUUUUGGCUAUACUUGUGAGACAGAGUUUCCAGCCAAAGCAGUAGGAGAACAUCUUGCCAGACAACACAUGGAACAGAAAGAACAGACAGCAAGAAAAAAGAUGAUCCUAGCCACCAAACAAAUUUGUAAAGAAUUCCAAGACCUUUUGAGCCAAGACAGAUCACCCCUGGGAUCAUCCAGACCAACUCCGAUUCUAGACCUUGACAUUCAGAGACACUUAACACAUUUCAGUUUGAUCACUCAUGGCUUUGGGACUCCAGCAAUAUGUGCAGCCCUAAGCACUUUCCAAACAGUCCUCAGUGAAAUGCUGAACUACUUGGAAAAGCACACUACCCACAAAAACAGCGGAGCAGUGGAUUCUGGCCAAGGACAUGCCAACUCUGAGAAAGCCCCCCUGCGGAAAACUUCCGAGGCUGCCGUGAAAGAGGGCAAAACAGAAAAGACAGACUAGCUUCAUCAAACAGAAUCUAUUUCCAGAGAAUCUUGCUGCUGAUAUUUUUUCUAAUAUAUGUAUCCUUGAGGGUGAUUCAUCUUCAGUGGACCAAAUCUCUACCCUCUCCCAGCCCUCCAUAAAAAACAAAAAUGGAAAUGAAAAAUGAAACAAAAAAGGACAAAACCAAAAAAAAAAAAAGAAAAAAAGGAAAACAGCAGUGUAACCGUGUGAUGAAAUUGUCACUUUUUAAUUUUAUGUUAUGAUAAACUCC